CUCGCAAGGCAUGACGGGAAAGGUUGCCAGUGCCCUUGUCCUAUCAGCCGCGCACUCUCUGUCUGACUGACUGUCUUUGUGGACAGGGAAGCCGAGGCUUGUGUAUUACUGUGCUGUAAAGGUCGGGUCGCUUCUCCGUGGUAAAGAUGAUGGCAGCGAGGUUUCUUCUUCGUCGCGCGGUCCCCGCGCUGAGACACGCGCGCUGUUACGCCGACGCGCCCUCCGCUCAGAUGUCCUUCACUUUCGCGUCGCCGACACAGGUGUUCUUCAAGGAAGCCAACGUAAAACAGAUUGAUGUCCCAACACUGACAGGCGCCUUUGGUAUCCUCCCAGCCCACGUCCCCACACUGCAGGUGCUCCGGCCCGGCAUAGUCACCGUCUUCAAUGACGAUGGUUCCUCUACUAAGUAUUUUGUGAGCAGCGGAUCGGUCACCGUCAAUGCCGACUCUUCAGUGCAGCUGCUGGCGGAGGAGGCCGUUCCUCUGGACAGCCUGGACCUCGCAGCGGCAAAAGCGAACCUCGAGAAAGCCCAGUCGGAACUGGGGGGCGUUUCAGAUGAAGCAGCUCGGGCCGAGGUUCUGAUCAGCAUAGAGGCAAACGAGGCAAUCGUCAAAGCAUUGGAGUAAACGAUUUGCGUUGUAGGAUAUUCUGUCGUUGUGAAAAGGUCUCCGGCUUUGUCUGCUCCCCACCCCAGUGAAGUCAGAAACCACAAGACUUAACUGCUUGCUUUGUACAGUGGAUGAAAUGAACAAUAAAUUUAUUUGAAAUAACA